CAUUGCAAUUUGUACGUUGCCAACACGAGUGAUCGGUCGCUGUGGAAUACGCAUUUUGGUUAGGAAAACAUGUCAGAAACUCGGUAUACCCGAUUUUGCGGUUGAGUGACAGUCAUGAGAAAGAGACGAGGAGGUAAAAUAGACUUGUUAUUUUGCAGUGUACAAAUACUCAAUCAGUUGCAUACUUGCAAUGGGCUAAUGGUCACCAGCCCAUUCAUCCUCGUAUCACUGGGUUAUUAGGCCUGCCAAGUUGACAGAUGCCAAGGCUGGCUAUUUGGGCCAUUUCGUCCACCCGGCGCCCGCAGCCGCAAGCGCAUCGCCAACGCCGUGCCGUGGCCGAGCCACCACCAAGCGGCAACCAGACGAGGCUUCACCGGCACCGCAUCGCUUCACUCCGCUCUCACAGUCUCACGCACGCACGCCAGCAGGCGGCACGCAACGCCUCGCUUCACGGCCUCGGCUAGAGAGACGCGUGCACGCGAACGCAGAUGAAGCCCUUGCUGCUCACGCCGGCCGCGCGGCUCGCGGCCGCGGCGCCGUCAACGCUCUCGCGGCUGCUCCGCCUACAAAGCGGUCGCCACCAUGCGCACGCCUCCUCCUCCUCCAACCGCCUAUUGCCCCCUCUCCUCCGUCCUCCUCGCGACGGUUUCCGCGGCGGCCGCCUCAUCGCCUCCUCCUCCUCCUCCUCCUCUCAGAUGGCGGCGCCUGCCGAUGCACCGGGCGGAUCCGCGGACGCGUUCGAGGUGAUCCGCGCUCACCAGGAAAAAGCUGCUCGACUUCCUCCGGUUGAAGAAAUACGGACCAUUCUGGACCAAAGUGUUAGGGGUGUCCUUGCCACCCAUUCUCAGGGUCAUGUUGGCUAUCCGUCUGGUUCAAUGGUUGAUUUUGCAUGUGAUCAGGAUGGUUCCCCCAUAUUAGCAGUUAGUAGUUUAGCAAUUCACUCAAAGAAUCUCUCUGAAAAUCCUAAAUGCUCGCUUCUGGUUGCCAAAGACCCUGAGGACAGAACAGAUACUGUGAUUACUGUAUAUGGUGAUGCCACACCUGUUUCAGACCAAGAAAAAGAUGCAGUACGAAGUGCAUACUUACGAAGACAUCCUGAGGCAUUUUGGGUUGAUUUUGGUGACUUCCGUUUUCUGCACAUCAAGCCAAAAGCCGUGCGAUAUGUGUCUGGGGUUGCAACUGCCAUCCUUGGUUCUGGAGAAUUCAGUGCUGCUGAGUUCAAGGAGGCAAAAGUGGACCCAAUAUCUCAAUUCUCAACCCCUAUUACGAGCCACAUGAAUAAGGAUCAUUCUGAUGAUACAAAGCUCAUUGUGCAAUACUCAACCACUGUCAAGGUGGACUUUGCUUACAUGCUUGAUGUGGAUAGUCUUGGUUUCAAUGUGAAGGCGGGCUAUGAUGGAAGUGUUCUGAAGCUGCGUAUCCCCUUCCCUAGGCGUGCACAGGACAGGAAGGAUGUUAAGACACUUAUUGUGGAAAUGCUCCAAGCUGCAAAAGCCUCAUCGUCUUCUGCUGAAUGAAUGUCCUGUUCUAGAAAGGGACGUCUUUGUCCUUGUAAAUGAAAUAAAGAUGUCCUUUUCGAUGAGUUUUUUCUGAUCUAGGAAAUGUCAUGUUUUUACACAUGAUAUAUCACAAUGCCACAGCUUAACACCGAACAGAUGCCAAUCUACUUGUAUAUUAUUUACACUGAAACGCUCCACCGUGUGUACAUUUCUUACUUGUCUUAAGUCUUAUUGGAACUUUGGAAGUCUGCAGAUGCAGCUACCAUCAUCUCUCAUAAAUGCUAGCGAAAUGUGUUUUUGGGAUAGCAUUUCAGCAAAA